AGAAUGUCAGUUCGAGGGAUUCGGAUAUGGCGGAGGAAUGAUGCACGAUUUCAACCAUCAAUCCUUGUCGAAAAGAAUGGAUUAGAUGGAUCUCUUUUGUUUCAGGGUGGAGCUAUUGCAACGUUAGAUUCGGAUUCAACAGACGUUGAACGAAGAUCAUAUCAAAAGAUAGUUGAUGCUUAUGGAAUACUUGGAGUACUUGCUAUUACAAAAGAUGAAGCUGUUCUAGUUGCUGUUACUGGUGUACUUUCAGUUGGACAACUUUAUGGAGCUGAUAUUCUUAAAAUUACAAAUGUCGAAUUUAUAUCGUUACGAACGUUUGGUUCCGUCGAAAAUGUUGAUUCCAGAAUUAUCGAUUUACAACGACUACUUUCAUCUCAAAUGUUCUAUUUUUCAUCACUUCAAUCAUAUGAUCUCACUCGUUCAGCUCAACAUCGUGAUUCACAUGAUUGUAGUGAUGCACGAUUCUUCUGGAAUCGAAGUCUUCAUUUUUCAUUUCAAAGAUAUGGAAUUGAUACGGAUAAUUGGUUGUUGAAAUGCAUGGCUGGAUCAGUUCUCGUUCGUGUUGUGUAUGUCGGUGCAAACACAGGACGUGUUGCUCUAAUAUCUCGUCUAAGUUGUGAGCGUGUCGGCACUCGAUUCAACGUACGAGGAGCCAAUUAUCUCGGAAAUGUGGCUAAUUUCGUCGAGACUGAGCAAUUGUUGCUUUUCGACGAAAAAGAAUGCUCGCUGCUCCAAAUUCGGGGGUCUAUUCCAUUAUUUUGGGAGCAGCCUGGAGUUAAUGUCGGAUCACAUAAAGUGAAAUUGAGGGCUUUCGAGACGAGUCUUCCUGCCUAUCACAGACACUUAUCCCAACUCCAACACCGUUAUGGAGAAUUUGCAAUCGUCAAUCUAUUGGGUCGAAAAGAAGGUGAACGAGUGCUCGGUGAUGCGUUCAAAACUCAACACAAAUCUUCACAUUUCGCUCCACUAGUCGACUUUAUCGAUUUUGAUUAUCAUGCUCAAAUGAAGAUUUCCAAAGAGGCAAUUGUGCAGUUGAAAAAGAAAAUGAGCCCACAUAUGACAAAGCAUGGAUUUUUCUAUUCAAUGGGAAAAGAAAUAGUGAAACGACAAACUGGAGUAAUUCGAACAAAUUGUCUAGAUUGUCUGGAUAGGACGAAUGCCGUACAAACAGCCAUCGGACUUCAAAUGUCACAUGAUCAAGUUGCAUUUCUGAAUUUAAACGCGGGAAAAGUGAAUGUAGAGCAACGAGUUGAAGAGAUUCUUCGUGAUUUGUGGCAGAAAAAUGGAGAUCAGUGUAGUACGAUCUACGCGGGAACUGGAGCUCUUGACGGAAAGAGCAAGUUGAAAGACGCGUCGAGAUCGCUUGCAAGAACUAUUCAGAAUAAUUUGAUGGAUGGUGCAAAGCAGGAAUCAUUUGAUUUAUUUUUGACUGGAGCCGCAUAUGAUCCGAGGCUUUUCGAUAGAGCAUGUAAUAUAUUGCCACCUAGUUUGAUACAAGAAUACGCUGACGCCGUAUCGCAGCUUGUCGAGCGAAGUCCCGAAAUCGCCGAACCUCAAUCCAUUAAAAUAUUCGUUGGAACUUGGAAUGUGAAUGGAGGAAAGAAUAUUCAUAAUGUGGCAUUCCGUAAUGAAUCGAGUCUCUCCCACUGGAUAUUUGCCAAUUCAAUGACACGUCUCGUAUCUGUAGAAGAUGAGCAACUAGCUGAUAUUGUAGCAAUUGGAGUUGAAGAACUUGUUGAUUUGAAUGCAAGUAAUAUGGUUAAAGCAAGUACCACAAAUCAACGAAUGUGGUGUGAAAGUAUUCGAAAAACUCUUUCUGAAAAAGCUCCAUUUGUGCUCAUUGGCUCCGAGCAGCUCGUCGGUGUUUGUCUAUUCCUCUUCGCAAGACCACGUGUCUCACCAUACCUGAAAGACUUUGCAGUGGCUUCUGUAAAGACUGGAAUGGGUGGAGCAACUGGAAAUAAGGGAUCCGUUGCCUUCCGAAUCGUCGUAUUCUCCACUUCUAUUUGUUUUAUUUGUUCUCACUUUGCAGCCGGGCAAAACGAGAUUCGAGACAGAAAUGAGGAUUUUGCGACGACGUUGAAAAAGAUUCGAUUCCCGUUGGGCAGAGAAAUUGACUCGCAUGACGUCAUAUUUUGGUUGGGAGAUUUCAACUAUCGAAUUAAUUUGUCGGGGGAUGAAGUUAAGAAUGCUGUUAGAAAUGGAGACUAUGCGAAAUUAGUCGAAAAUGAUCAAUUGACACAGCAGAAAGCUCUUGGACAGACAUUUGUUGGCUUCAACGAAGGACAGCUCACGUUCGCACCAACAUACAAAUACGACACAUUCAGUGAUGACUAUGAUACGAGUGAAAAGUGUCGUGCACCCGCAUGGACUGAUCGAAUUCUUUGGAAAGAUCAGAGAAAGAAGGGAAAAACGCAACUUCUCAGCUAUGAUAGAUCAGAAUUAAAAACUUCUGAUCAUCGACCUGUUGGAGCUGUUUUCAAAGUGGAAACUUUUAAAGUUGGCGGCAGAAAAUGUGUGGAGCUCAUCGAGGAUGUUGUAGAAUCUAUGGGUCCACCGGACGGAACAAUCAUUGUCAGUAUUGCCGGAAAACCUCGAUUCCCGCCGCAAAUGUUUCCGCCGAUUCAUGAGAAGUUGAAGGAACUCGGUGCUCAAGUUCAGCUGAGCAAAUUCGACGAUGGCGAUCUAUGGAUUGUACUGAAUAGUGGAGAAAUGGCAUUAGCCGCAUUAAGUAUGGAUGGGCUGAAGAUCGGAGGAACAGAUCAGAUUAAUGUGAAGUUGAAGUCACCGGAUUGGGCUUAUGCUUUGAAGCCACAUCUUUCAGAUUUUGAUUUGGAAUCGUUUGAAGUGACGGCAGAGGAAGAGGCAUUACUUGGUGGUACUGAUGGUGCCGUUUUUGAAUUUGCAGACGAAGACGAGGACGCAAUCAGUGUGUCUAGUCUGACGCUUACUGGUUCGGCUCCCGAUCGACCUCGUCCACCAUCAGCAAGAAGUGAAGCGAUCAGUGUAGCCAAACUUGAAUGGCCAACAGAACAACCAAACGUCCUCUCCACAUCAAUGCCAACACGAGCUUCAUCAGCUUCUCUUGCCAAUAGUUCUUGGUAUGAGCAUGUACCACCACUUGCUCCACCUCAAUCAAACAAUAAUAAAAGCCCUCCACAAGCUUGUCUAUUCAAUCCAUUCACUCAAUCUGCACCAUCCCCGGCUCCACCACCAUCCACGAUUCCUCUUCCACCGACUCGUGGAGCAUCAGUUGGACCAGGUCCUCCAGCGGUUCCCGUCAGGAAGGCACCCCCACCGCCACCUCGGCCUGUCAUUCCACCUAGACCAAAAAAUAUGUAGAUUUAAAUAUGUAAUUUAUUAUUUGUAGGCUUUUUUUCUUGUGAAUAUGCAUUCUUUUUUCUCUAGCAAUAACAUUUUCAGGUGUUCCCUUUCCCUUUUAACUUAUUAUAUAUACUUAUUUAUUUCAUUUUCUUUCACUUAUAAUAGGGAUUCCAUCUUUCAAAAUUUCUAGUCAUUGUUUUCUUUCCCACUGAUUCGAACUUUGCCAUUUUCCUAAUUUUUUAAUUUAUUUCUUUCUUAUUUUUCUCUUUCAAAAAAGUUUUUAUUGAAAUUAAAAUUUAAAAAUUUCUAGUCAAUAAAUCUGUGAAUUUCGA